AUGUUCGGAACUUGGUUGUUGUAUUCAAAGGUUUAUAGAAACAUCAGGAACUUCGACGAGGAAGUAAACAGGGGCAAUACACUUUCUCCAUCUAUGGAAACAAGCCCAUGUGAUUCUGGGGACUUGGAAAAUCAAAAUCAGUUUGACGAACCUUCUGAAUUAUUGAGUUUUGAGAUUUCUGCUUCAGAUGUGUACCAGGACCAAAAGCAUUUUAACAACUUAAAUUUAUUAGAAAAUCAACAGCCAGCUUUAAUUUCAUCACAAACGCUUAAAAUCAACCAAAAGAUAUUAAGUCAAAUUCAAUUGUGUGGACUUCAAUCUAUGAAUUGCUGGCACUUGGCCCCUCUCAUAUUAUGUGCAUCUAGUUGGUCCAUGCUAAAUUUAGUUUACGAAUUUAAGGAGCCUAUCAAUCCUCUGAAAGAUAUCUUAGCGUGGGCUUCAUAUGUUCUAGGUCAUUUCUUUGUUCCAUUGUUUACGGCUAUUUGGUUAUACGUAUUCCAUGCACCUGGUGCUCUUAAAUUAUUCUCCUUUGGCCUCGGAAUGCAAAAUAUUGCGGGAGUACUAACACAUCUAGUUUUCCCAAAUGCUCCCCCUUGGUUUAUUUCUCUUAAAGGUGAAAAUGCUGAAGCAAACUAUGACCUACCUGGGUACGCUGCAGGUUUGACUAGAGUGGAUCUUCAUAUGGGGACGCAUUUACAUUCAAAAGGAUUUCAUGCCUCACCAAUUGUUUUUGGGGCAAUACCAUCGUUGCACUCUGCAAUGGCUGUAAUGGUUUUUUUUUUCGUUAGUCACUUUUCACGGUGGGUAACAUUAAAAAUAGCAGCUUUAUCUUUCGUAAUGCUACAAUGGUGGGCUACCAUAUACCUAGACCACCAUUGGAGGUUAGACUUACUUAUUGGCAUGUUUUACUCCAUUAUUUCUUUUACCAUUUUGAAAUUAUGGAGCAAAGGUCUCUCAAUGAUUGAUGAAGAUUUCAUUAAAGCAAGGCGUAGGUUUGAUUUCAAAAAUAGUUCUACGAUGGGUAUGAGAGUUUUUAAAGAUACUAAACUACAAGGGUUUUUUGAUCCUCUUUCCUAA